AUGGAUUAUUUAAAGAAGGCCAUAUGGGGUCCUGACCAAAAAGAACAACAACGUAUUAUUAAGGGUAUAUUAAGGAAAAACAAUCGUUGUAUUGAUAAAUCUUUAAGAGAACUUUCUGCAUUACAGGCUAAAACACAACAAAUAAUAAAAAGGUCUGCAAAGAAGAAUGAUAUUAGAGCAGUCAAAAUUUAUGCUAAGGAGUUAUACCAAAUAAAUAAACAAUAUAAUAGAAUGUACACGUCUAAAGCUCAAUUAGAAUCUGUUGGAAUGAAAAUAGAAGAGGCGUUUAAGAUGAACAUGAUAUCUACCCAAAUGGCUCAAAGUACAGGACUCAUGAUGGAAGUUAAUCAGUUAGUCAGACUACCUCAGUUACAAGGUACAAUGAUUGAAUUAGAAAAAGAACUGAUGAAAUCCGGAUUAAUAAGUGAAAUGAUAGACGACACUAUGGAAUUGGUAGGAGAAGGUGAAGAAGAGUUGGAUGACGAAGUUAACGAAGAAGUUAACAAAAUAGUCGAACAAUAUACGAAUGAAAUAUUCGAAAAAGUUCAAGAUACAUCUGGCACAACUUUCAAGAUCCCAGAAAGUCAAAAAGAUUCCGAGGUUCCUGAAGAUCAAAUAGAUGGAGAGGCAGAUAACAUGAUUAAAGAAAUGAGAGAAAGAAUAAAGGCAUUACAAAGUUAA